AGUCUUAUUCGUGCAUUUGAAUCAUUCAGUCGUUUCUUCUUUUCAUUUACGUAUUUUUUUAUUUCUUGUGCAAUUAGUGAAAUUAUUUCAAACGUCGAAAAUAAGCAAUCGGAUAUUAGAUUCAGUUUUUCAGCAUGGCGUGGUACGAAAUUCCCAACACAAAUGCCAUGUCAAUUUAUUUCACGAUAGUCUUCGGUAUUUUCACAGUGAUUUUUGUCUUCCGAUUAUGGUUGAAAGCAACAUGUGGAAAGUUUACAUCAAAUGUUCGUAUGGACGGCAAAACAGUUUUAAUCACUGGAGGAAAUAGUGGAAUUGGCAAAGAAACCGCAAAAGACUUAGCCAAGCGUGGAGCUCGUGUUAUCAUGGCAUGUAGAACGAUGGACACCGCAAACAAAGCUCGUGAUGAGAUUGUCAAGUCGACGGGCAAUCAAAAUGUCGUGGUGAUGAAGUUGGAUUUGAGUUCACAACAAUCGAUAAGAGACUUUUCCAAGGAAUUUUUGAGAUGUGAGACGAGGCUUGACUUGUUGAUUCACAAUGCUGGAUAUGCAGGAGUAUUCAAAAAAGCUAAAAGCGUUGAUGGAAUUGAACUGACAAUGGCCACAAAUCAUUAUGGACCUUUCUUGUUAACACAUCUUGUUAUUAAUUUAAUGAAGAAAUCGUCACCAGCAAGAAUUGUUGUGGUGUCAUCGAAGUAUCAUCACGUGUCAACAUUAAAGCCAACCAGAGAAGGUGACUUGAAUCCAAUCGACUUCUGGCUGCCUGGUCAACUUUACAACAAUUCAAAAUUUGCCAAUAUUCUCUUCACACUUGAACUUGCAAAACGAUUGAAACGAUUCAACAUCACUGUCAAUUGUCUCCAUCCUGGAAUGACGAAUUCUAAAAUUUGGAGAAAUUAUCCAAUUUGUCUUCAAAUUCCAUUAGCGAUAUUUAAAUUUUUCCUUAAGAAUUCAUAUGAAGGCUGUCAGACUACACUUUUUGUAGCACUUUCUCCUGAUCUCAAUUUUGUAAGUGGUCGAUACUUUCGCAACUGUCGCGAGUCACGGCCUAAUGCAAGAGUCUUCAACAAGCAGUGGCAAACAAUUCUCUGGGAUGAAUCGAGAAAGCUUAUGAAACUCACCAAACAAGAUCCAAUAAUUUAAUUAAUUUUUCAGUGUUAUAACUUUUUCCUGCUGCUACUUUAUUAUUGUAGAAUUUUAUAAAUAAAAGUUUAGAAUU